GAAAGACCCGAGCUCCCAGAGCCGGCGCCUGUCUCUUUAAAUGCCACGGGCUGCGCUCCCGCCCGGGAGCCCUGAGCCGGAUCUACAAUCCCGUCCCUCCCGCUUCGGCGCUAGUUGCUCGCUUAGCCCGAGCGGGAGCUGCGGUCUCCGGGAAGCCCAACUACCUCCUGCUGCUUCCCUUCUAGUGCCCCACCUUCCCGGAAAUUUGCGUGAGGGGUCGUGCAGCAGUUAGCGUGAACAGGCGUUGCCCCCCUCUCCCCAUCUUCAAGUCUUGGGGGGCUACGCAGCCGCGAGGGGGGCGCCGGGGGAGAAAUGCGUCCUUCCCGGCUGCCCAGCUUCGCUGCGGUCCGCGCUGGGAGAGGAGGCACUGCGGAGCCCACCCCUGCAAACUCGCCCUAGAAGUCUCGGGUGCGGCUGGGUGCCCCUCCCGGUCCCCGAGGACUACCUCCUCUCCGCUAGUGAGUCGGCGCAGGGUUGGCAGGUAAGGGCGCGGGCGGAAGCUGUCGGAGCAGCUGAUGCAAUGGCCCUUGGCCGGGGCCUGGUGAUGGCUGGGGUUGGAGGAGAGCUGGAGUGGCCGUGUCUCCAGUGAUCGUGACCCUAGAGGUGGAGAAACGCGGAGAAGCUCGCCUCCCCAGACUCCCCCUAAAAUGGCUCCAGGUGCUCGGCCCCCGCCGGUUCUUCUUCCAGAAACAAACGUCUUUUUCUGAAGUGGCACCUACAGAUUCUUCCCUGUCUUCUCUUCCAACAGGUGGCUUUUAGCCCCUGCCCGGGGACCGGUGCCAAUGACUCUGGUGGUGGUUUCGCUUUCUCCUCUGGAAGUCCUGUGAGCGAGCGUCCACAGCGUGAUGGGCAAUCAGGUGGAGAAACUGACCCACCUAAGUUACAAGGAAGUUCCCACGGCGGACCCGACGGGCGUGGACCGAGACGAUGGGCCCCGCAUCGGAGUCUCUUACAUUUUCUCCAACGACGACGAAGACGUGGAGCCUCAGCCGCCGCCCCAGGGGCCUGAUGGCGGAGCGUUGCCCGACUCGGGGGACCGGCCACCCCUGCCCCCGCCCCAGCCCUAUGACCCGCGGCAGCAUGAGGUGGAAUGCUCCGUGUUUUAUCGCGACGAGUGCAUCUAUCAGAAAAGCUUCGCGCCGGGGUCGGCGGCGCUGAGCACCUACACACCGGAGAACCUGCUCAACAAGUGCAGUCCAGGCGACCUGGUGGAGUUUGUGUCGCAGGCGCAGUAUCCGCACUGGGCGGUCUACGUGGGCAAUUUCCAGGUGGUGCAUCUGCACCGGCUGGAGGUGAGCAACAGCUUCCUGACCGAUGCGAGCCAGGGCCGCCGUGGCCGCGUGGUCAAUGACCUGUAUCGCUACAAGCCGCUGAGCCCCAGCGCCGUGGUGCGCAACGCGCUGGCCCACGUGGGCGCCAAGGAGCGCGAGCUCAGCUGGCGCAACUCGGAGAGCUUUGCCGCCUGGUGCCGCUAUGGCAAACGCGAGUUCAAGAUCGGCGGCGAGCUGCGUAUCGGCAAGCAGCCCUACCGUUUGCAGAUUCAGCUAUCGGCUCAGCGCAGUCAUACUCUGGAGUUCCAGAGCCUGGAGGACUUAAUUAUGGAGAAGCGGCGCAACGACCAAAUCGGACGCGCGGCGGUGCUGCAGGAGCUCGCCACACACCUGCACCCGGCUGAGCCGGAUGAGGGCGACAGCGACGCGGCUCGGACUACACCGUCUCCCCUGCGACCCCCUGCACCGGGCUCGGAGGAGGAGGAUGGAGAUUCAGCGGUGCCCUGACCUGGGCUCAGAGCUUCGGAAGGGAGCUGUUUGCAGCGGCCGCACUCCCUUCCUUCCCCUCCCCCCACUUCCUCUUGGGCCCCCAUUUGGUAUUCCUGGGCCUUUCGGAAAAUGCAGAAUUGGUGGAAUGCACAGCCGACUGUGGAUGGGGGAGGAGGAAGGGUGCUGGGGGAGCAGGUAGGAGCGUUUUGGCUGGUGGGUGGCCAUAGGGAACAUUUUCUUCUGGUCCCCUUAGUCUGCCUUCCUUUCUGAGGUGAGAGAAAGUGCGAACUUGUUUGGAGCUUCAACCCUGACAGACCUGAGACCAAAUUCGGCCCUUCCUAUACAAGCAGGCUUGGGGAAAAUCUCAGAGCAACUAUGCCCCGCAUUCAGCCUCUCUUGAGUCCCAACCUACUCUUCGCUUGGAGGAUGCAGGGUACAAAGGCCAGAGGGGGGUUGGGGAGGAGCUGGCGUGGGUCUGCUAGGAGAGCUGCUUAUCUGCUUCCGCCGCUGAGCUAGCUGUGGUUGGGAUCCCAGACACUGGAGUGAUUUAUUUUAUGAGAUUCCCGGGGCACGGGGGCUGCUGAAACCACAAGACCUGGGAGCAGCAGACCGAAGCCAAACAGCCCUGUAUUAAGUGCAACAAAUACUUGAGCAACUCAGGCUACAGGCUACAAACAGAUUUUACUACCUCCCUCCUCCCAUCCCCAAGUACCUCCUCUUGGGAAGCUGGCUCUAAGUGGAGUCUUUGGCUCCCAACCGCUUUCCCCGGUUACAAGUAAAUCAUUGUCAAGGGCCAGCCAGAGAAUUCUGCUGCCUCUGUUUUUGGCCUGCUGUUGUGGACUCUCAGAGCUCGGGUGUUGUUAUUAAGAGAGGCAAUAGCCCUUUGUGUCUCUGAUCUAAUUAAACCUGCUUGGUGUGUUCAUCUGCAGGUCACAGAUGGGGUUGGCUUGUUCCACCCCAUAAAGUAUCCUCUAGGGAAUGAGCCAGCAAUGCCCUGGCAAGAAUUAAAUCUCUCCUUAUCCCCUUGCUGAAUGGUGAAAGUAAUCCUUUAAAAACAAAGCAGGACCUAGAGACUCAAACAAGAUGGAAAUGAAGGUGCCAAGGCUUGCAUACAUGUCCUUUUUGCUUUUUGUUUUUCUCUCCUUGGUCCACCUUCCUCACCAUGCUUUCUUCUGCUUGUUGGUAAAUCGUAGGUAGGUUUAGCUUUGCCAUCCAUGACAGAUGGAGUUUAAUUCAAGGUGCAAAGUCUUGUUUUAUGGAUCCAGUUUCUUUGUUGCUUGGAGAACAUCUUAUUCAGAGGCUGUUCUUAAUUGAGAGUGGUGAUGUCAGUUACAGAUUUGAUGACAGAACCAAACAGAGGUUGGUGAUGGUGGAAUUUGUUUGUUGGCAAACUAAACAGGUAGUGAUGGGCCCUGGUGCCUAUCCAUACACUUUGGUACAAGGCUUUAAGACUGCUGCAGCCUGUUGCCUGAGCUUUCAAAGGGCAGGCCUUUGGCUAUAGAGUGAUAAUGGGCUGUCUACCAAUUGCCCUCAGAAGUUGAGCUAUAGGUAAAGGCCUUUGCUGCCUCCCCCGGUCACUGUAUGACAUUGGACAAGUCAUUUUGUGAACUAGUUCUUAGCCAUUGUAACAAAAUCUUACCAGAGUGUCCUGAAGCCACGGUCAUUGUUGGGCUUCUUGCUUGGGUAUCUCUAAAUCACACUUUUUUCAAACAUAAAAGUUGAGAUCCUUUUUCUUUUUUAAAAUCCUGGAUCUUCAUAGUACCUCAGCAUGAAACUUUUUCAUUAUAAAGGCAUUAAAUGUAUUUUUUGCUUUCACAAUGAUUACCAAACAAAUCCUUGUUUUUUGAAUGUUAAAGAUGAGCUAUACCUACUAGCCUUGGUCUGGGACAUUGGAGGAGAAUCAGUUUAUAAUUGAGAAUGUAGAUCUGAUUUCUCUGUUUAAUGUGCUCAUAGCUGUCUGUUUAUAUGGUCUUGUCUAUGGAACAGCAGAGAAAGAUAAACACAGGCGAUCAAGUUUAGGAAAACCUCCUAUGUCUAACAGAUUUGGGUCAGUGAAAGUGGAAAUUGACGCCCACUGUGUAGACAACAGGAGGGAAAGAAUCAGAACGUCUGUGCCCAGCACCUCUAGGAUAGAAAAAUUCUCCCUGCGCUCCCAUCUCUGCCUUCUUCAUCAGCCCUGGAAGAUCAUUUCGAGCGUAGCAGGUGAUGUGUGUUAUACAUGAAGUGCCGUUAAAGGAAGAACACUUAAGAUCCACUCCACCUGUAGCAUUCAUCUUCCUUGAAAAUCUCUUCCAGAUGAUGGUUUCUGAAAUGUGCUGGCAGCAAUUCUGCUAGGUACCUAUAAUGCCAAAUAUGUAAUGCUUAGGAAGUGCUCUCCCAUUGGAAAUUUUCUUAGGGUCAUGACCCUUUUGGUGGUUGCAUGUCAGGCAUUUACAUUAAAAUUCAUAACUAGCAACAUAGUUGAGAGGGAGCAACAAAAUAAUUUUAUGGUUGGGGCUCACAGAGUGGCAGCAUUAGGGAGGUUGAGAACCACUUCUCUGAAGUAAAGCGCGUCAACCUAGGGUUCUAAGAGAGUAUGUUAUGUCGUCUCUUGGUUUUUAAGACAGCAGUGUUGUGCAGAAAUCAGUUUUUACUUUAAUGUCCUGGCAAUGGCUACAUCCGGCACUUUAGGGAAAAAAGUAUAUUUAAUAAUUUUUAUUUCUCCUUAGGAAUAAGACAUAGAACUAUUUUGUACUAUGAAUUAUGGAUGUUCUUUGAAGGAAAGAAAUUGAUUCCAGUGUUUUCCUGAAGCCCUGGACAGGGUAAGCAGGACCUGUGGAACACGUACAAAAAGAAACCAGACAAAUUCUAUUUUCUUAUUGAGAAAAUAUUUUAUUGAGACUGCUUACAUAUGUCAAAGGAGCCUACAACUUCAGCUGCACAACUUUUUGUAUUGAAAGAACUCGUACUUUUGUAGCUUUUAUUCCACAUUUAAUUUAAAAUGACUUUGUAACACUAAAGUGUCGAGCAGAGGACUUUAUUCCAGAUCUUGAAGAAAAUUUUUAGUUUUUAAUGAAAAUGGUUCAGCGGUUGUUAAGCUUCUCACAACUUUGGUGCUCCUGGCCCUCAUGGCACCAUUGGACAAGAACAGCCACGUGAAAACAUAUUUUUUUGGGAGCAAAACUUUAAUUUUAUAUGACAUAUACUAUGGAAAGCUAAGAGAAUUUAAGGACUACUUGUUUCCUUUUUCUUUCUUCCUUUUUUUUUCUUAAAAUGGGAUCCACUGUGUUGAAGACUCUUGAUAUUAUGUGUUUGCCUAGUUAUUUUUUUAAAACAAUUUAAAAUAAAAUUGAGUGUGAUUAUAGUCAUCCAAUGGAUUUGUUUGGAAAAUUAGAUUUAAUUUGUGAAUUGUUUAAAAAUCAGGAUAAUGAUAAAUUUGACUGUUUUAUUCAUCUUUUUUAUUAUGUUUUGUUCAUGGCUAUGAAUCUGUAGCCUGUGAAGAAUUACCAUCAGGAUACAUACUCCUCAUGCAUUUUAUUUCCCAGCAAGUUUGAUUUUGUUGGAGGUUGUAUGGUAAAUCAGUUUUCUUUCACCACUUCUUGAAAAGGAGGUUCCAGUUAAAAUUAUAUCAUUUCCUUCAAAAUGAAGGGCAGUACUUAGUUAAAUAAAAGAUUGAUGACAUCUUUUAAGCCAUUUCCUCUUCACUGUCUUAUUAAAAGCUGUCAAAGUUCUUUUGAAAAAUGUUAUGAGGAUUCCCAAUAAACCAUCUAUUAUUAGA